AUGACUAAGAAUAAAGAAAGAUAUAAUCACGGCACUACGAAGGAUAGCCGGGAGACAUCGGAACCUUUGGUGGCUCUAGCAGAAGAUAGGAGGGAGCGACCUCCUCACUAUCUUCCCAGGCUGAGUGUGGUUCUACCGUCAAGUUGUAACUCCAGCGUGGACCAGAUUCCUUCACCAGCUCUGAAGGAGACUCUCUCACAUGGAGACGAGUCUAUGACUGUGGUCCUCUCAGCGUUUUAUGCAAAAUUAUUAAUAGUUUUAGGACUGGCCCUGCCGGUCACCAGCACUAUACAGAAUGAACUUUACACAAACAUUAUAUCCGAUAUCUUUACACUGUAUCUGUAUAUAGUGGGUAUGAUCUUCUUGGCGUACACGUUCUUCCAUCUACGUAUCGCCAAAAAUAUCAAAGAUGACAGGAAACGUACUCGUUACGGCAGCUUCUACCUCCACAUGGGUGUGGCUGGCUUCGGAGUAGGCUCCAUCAUCUACUCCUGCCUCCAAUUCGGAGAGUACUUCGACCUCUCGGGAGACUGUCAGCUCCUCAUCGUCGCCCUCAAACCAACCUUCCGCAUACUCUUCAUGAUCGCGCAGACUAUUUUUAUAUUCUCGUACACGGACGUUCUGGACCCUAUGAGAGGAGUAGUCCUGGAUAGAUUCGGUCUGAUGCAUCUGAUAGCGACCAACGUCUGUGAAUGGCUGAAUGUGGUCAUUCAGGAGACGAGGGACGACAUACGAGCUGUGGCCUUUCAUGAACCGGCGCUAAUGAGAUACACCAACAUCGAAGGACCUUCCAGGACGACUUUAACUGAAACAAACUUAACUUCUCCACCUAAUCAUUUGAAUGAAACAGAGGUCAUCACAGCUGGCCAGGGUCUUGAAGCCUGGAGCUGUAACGUAUCGAACGUUAUAUCUCCUCUAAUUAGGAAUAUGAAUCCUUAUUUGCGGCCGUGCGGAGUCGAGUACAGCCUGCUGUGUUCUAUUAUUAUUGUUGUAAUAUGGAACGAUGUCUGCACGGUUCCUGGCUCGAAACCAAUAGCAUCCAAUUCCAAGUUAGAGAAGAAGCCUUGCUCUGUGAGAGUGAAACCGAUGAACCAUUUCUCAGUGGACUGCGGCCAGGCUCACAAGGGACUGUUCCUGGGAGUGGCUGGUCUCGCGGCGACCAUCGUCAGCCUGAUGAUCUUCAAAGGACUGUUCCAGAAGGAGAAACACGUCGAACUGGCUUUACUGACGAUCAACGUGUGGGAGACGGUUCUAUUCGUGUUGAUGUCCGUGGGGUCCGCGGCUUGUCUCCAGCGCAUGAGGUCCCUGUCUUCUCCACGGAGAGCCCCCGGGUUACCCCUGGAGCACGCUCUCCUAUUAGUCACGCAGUGCGGGGUCUACCUCUACUACUUGUUCCAGAUCAUCGGCGCAGGAUUCUCCAUACACAAGUUCCCAAGCGCCCGGCGCGCCACGAGAAUAAUAUCUCCCCUGUGCGCGGUGAUCCAAAGCUCCUGUCAGACUCUCCUCGUGUUGGAUGCCUGGUCUCGUCGCAGCUCUGGUCGUGAGGAGCGCCCUGGCCGGCAACUAGUCACCUUUCUCCUGGUCAGCAAUUUCUCCCUCUGGAUGCUCAACAGGGUCAAGAAUGCUCGCGCUGAGUUUCAUCCAUUGCAGAUGGAGUUCUACGGCGUGUGGGCGUGGACGAUCAUCACUCACGUGUCAGUGCCGCUGUUGGUCUGCUACAGGUUCCAAGCUACCGUUUGUUUUUACGAAAUAUGGAAGAACUCAUACAAGAGGAAGAAAGAGUACGACAGUGAACUAGAUGAGGUUGAAUUAAACAAAUUAGAUUCGCCGUAA